AUGCACACGGCGGUGCUUGUUGAGGCUGGAGCGCUCAGCGAACGACUUGUCGCACUCCGUGCACGAGAAGGGCCUCAGACCUGUGUGGACGAGCAUGUGGCGCCGCAGAUCCCAGGACGCCACGAAGGCCUUGUCGCAGCUCUGGCACUUGUAGGGCCGCUCGCCGGAGUGGACGCGCUCGUGCACGGCCAGGUCGGCCGGCUGCCGGAACCGCUUGGAGCACUUAUCGCAGGGAUACGGCUUGAAGCCCAUGUGAGCGCGCUGGUGCCGGCGGAAGCUGGAGGGGUCGGAAAACAUCUUGCCACACUGCGGACAGAGGAAGGGCUUCUCACCAGAGUGUGUGCGGAGGUGGGACUGAAGUACGGCUUCUCUCCCGUGUGGGAGCGCUCGUGCACCUUCAGCUUGGACAGCGUGGGGUAG